GGUUCCAGUCUACAAGGCCGACUCCAUUCGGAAGCAAUUUGCAGAAUUGGGAAAUGAGUUGCCCCACAGUCAAACAGUGUAUGGAUUUAACGGCGUUUCUAAUGUAAAGGAAGGUACUGCUGAAAGGUUGACCAAUUACUUUGAUGCGCAAUACUUUGGUCAAAUCAGUCUUGGAACACCUCCCCAAUCGUUCCAGGUCAUUUUUGAUACCGGUUCUUCAAAUUUGUGGGUUCCCUCCAAGAAAUGCAGCUACUUCAACAUUGCCUGCUUGACUCAUCACAAGUAUGAUGCGACAAAGUCAUCAACAUACAAGGAAAAUGGAAAAUCUUUCGAAAUCCGUUAUGGAACUGGGAGUCUUUCGGGAUUCCUCUCAACUGAUACACUCACUAUUGGAGAUUUGAAAAUAAAAAAUCAAACUUUCGGCGAGGCAGUCAAGGAGCCUGGCAUGACAUUUGUUGCAGCCAAGUUCGACGGUAUUCUGGGACUAGCUUUCAGCUCCAUCUCUCAAGACAGUGUCACUCCGCCAUUCUAUAAUAUGAUGAGUCAGCACCUCAUCAAGGACCCGGUAUUCUCCUUCUAUCUGAACAGGAACGCUUCGGCUCCAGCUGGUCAAGGUGGUGAAAUUAUUUUCGGUGGUUCCGAUCCGGAGAAGUACGAGGGUGAAUUCACCUAUCUUCCUGUUGACAAGACAGCCUACUGGCAGUUCAAGAUGGACAAGGUUCAAGUGACUGGCCAGACAUUCUGUGCGAACGGUUGCCAAGCGAUUGCUGACACAGGCACCAGUCUCAUUGUUGGACCAGUCGACGAAAUCACCAAAAUCAACAAACUGAUCGGCGCCACUGAGGGGCCUGGAGGCCAAUACAUUGUUGAAUGCUCUUUGGUUCCCAAACUGCCUGAAAUCACUAUUGUCCUGGCCGGCAAAGAAUUCAAGCUCAAAGGAGAAGAUUAUAUUCUGGAGAUCAGUGGAAAGAUUUGUCUGUCUGGAUUUUCUGGAAUGGACAUCCCCCCUCCCAGCGGUCCCCUCUGGAUUCUCGGCGACGUUUUCAUUGGCAAAUACUACACUGAAUUCGACUUUGGAAACAAGCGUGUUGGAUUCGCAAGUGUUAAACAGAAUGCUAAACUUAAUUCCAUCACUUUUUAAUGAUCCACUAUUUGUUGUGUGAGACAGAUCCUUUUUUCUUUUACUUGAAUUUUUACUUUUUUAUUGAAGCUUACAUGUUUUUGUUUCCUGCAUUAUUUUAUUUUAAGAACUUUUAUCAUUUUUAAAAUUCGAACAAAUUUUCAUUUUUUCAAUGAAAUGUAUGAUCAAACAUUUUAAUAUCAUAUUUUAUUCUCAAUAGAAUGAACAAAGAGUUAACUAGAUUUAAGCUAGACUUAGAACUCAAUUUCUGGCAAUAAAUUUACAAAAUUUGAUGGUCUAUU